GUAUCCGCCUGCCAGGCGGGGGACCCCGCGUCCGGCUGGGCCUGGCGAGCGGGCGGGGCGGUCGUUCCUCUCGCGCGCUCUCUCUCUCUCUCUCUCUCACUCACACACGCACGGAGCAUCUUCCCGUUAGGUCUCCUGGUCCAGCCCCGCCCGCCGCACCUCCUGCUUCCUGCAAACCUUCUCCUUCUCUCUCCGAACUCCACUCCCCCCACAUACCCUCCGACUCCAGGACCCACCUCGCCAACCCCUACCCUUACUCCCGGGAUGGAGUGGAUGGAGCCAGCCCAGAGCCCCCCGCGGCCGGGGUGACAGUCCCUCACCCAUCUCCCGCCUGGCCUCCGCCCCCAGCACCAUGGGCCUGAGGGGUUCCCGAGGCGCCGGACGCUGAAGAUGACAGAUGCUGGAGCUCUCUUGAGUCAUGGCUUCUUCAAAGCUCCGAGAACCUGCGGAUGAGGUUUUCGACCUGGACUUGGCUGUACCAGAGACCGUCAGACUGGACAGCAGUUUACACAAGGCCCGGGCCCAACUACUGGCUAAGGGCCGGAGACACCGGCCCUCCCGCUCGAGGCUUCGGGACAGUGCCAGCUCUGCAGAGGAUGGUGAAGGCUCCGAUGGGCCCGGAGGCAAGGUGACCGACGGCUGCGGGAGCCCUCUGCACCGGCUGCGCUCGCCUUUGCAUUCGAGCCCAGGGUCCCCGGCCGGGGGCUCCUUCUGUCUGGAGCCUCCUGGGUUGCGGCGCAGCCUGGACGAGGACGAGCCGCCGCCCUCGCCGCGCACACGCUACCGGCCCCUGCACAACACCGCCUCGCACGAGGGCCUGGCCGCCGCCUCGUGCUCGCCGCCACGCUCGGCGCCCUCGUCCGACAGCUCGCCCAGCUUCGCGCGCCGCCACCCCCGCGCCGAGCCGCACAGCGAAGAUGACAGCCGGGAUGCCAGCCCACCUGAGCCCGCCAGCCCUACCAUUGGCCUGGAUAAGAAGACUCGCCGAAAGUUCCUGGACCUGGGGGUCACCUUACGCCGAGCAUCCACUAGCAAGAGCCGGAAGGAGAAGGGCAGCAACCGCCUGUCCAUGGGCAGCAGGGAGUCGGUGGAGGGGUCCAGCAGAUCAGGGGGCUCCCCGUUCCUGCCCUUUUCCUGGUUCACAGACAGUGGCAAGGGCUCGGCGUCCUCUGGCAGCACCACCUCCCCGGCCUGCUCCCCUAAACACGAGGGCUUCAGCCCUAAGAAGUCAGCUUCUCAGGAAUCCACCCUGAGUGAUGACUCCACACCCCCCAGCAGCAGCCCCAAGAUCCCCAGUGGUCCCCGGCAGGCGACCAAGUGUUCCUACCCCUACCACACACUGUCCCAGUCUUCGGAUGAGUUCCUGGAUGAACCUCUCCCCACUGUUUACCACUGGACCAGUCAGCAGGUAGGCCAGUGGCUGCACAGCCUCAACCUGGAGCAGUAUGCCGCUGAGUUUGCUGCACGGCAGGUGGAUGGGCCGCAGCUACUGCAGCUGGACGGAAGCAAACUUAAGAGCCUGGGGCUCAGCAACUCGCAUGACCGGGCGCUAGUGAAGCGGAAGUUGAAGGAGCUGGCGGCGGCCGCUGAGAAGGAGCGCAAGGCCCAGGAGAAGGCUGCGCGGCAGCGUGAGAAGCUCCGGCGCAGGGAGCAGGAGGCCAAGAAGAGCUAGGGGGGCGGGGAGGCGCUGGCACCCGGCACGGGCAGCUGUUGGGCCCCACGGGCACAGGCCACCCUGGGAGGCAGGGCCAGGGCACCAGGCUUGGGCUGGUCAGGCCCCUUGCUCUCAGGAGGAACACGCCCUCUCACCCUGUCAUCUGUCUGGACCCAGGUCCCUGAGAAAGGGAGACCCCAGGGAAAGUGCCCAGUCAUAAAUCCCAUUUAAAGAACUGUUUGGCAUAGGGUUCCUGGGGGACGUGGCAGAUUAUGGGCAGAGAAGCCAGGGCAGAAUCAAGUUUGGAAGCCCAGAGGCACCUGACUCCUUCUGACCCUCUGCCCUCAGGCCAAGGUGGUGCUGGGGCAGCCAGUGAACUAGGAGGCCUGCUUGCUUUCCAGAGGCCCUGGGCUCAGAGAGGUAGGCUGAGCAUCCCUGCAGGAGCAGGUAGAGAAAGUAGUUCCUUUCCAACCCUCCAGGGUGACUGGGUAUUGGGAGAGCUCUGGUCUGCUCCCCAGGGAGGCCGCUGGGCACUGCGGCAAGUUGGUUGCACUCAGGGUAGACUCCCAGUCUGCACUCCUCAACAGGAGAGCAGAGAAAGCAGCAUGGUUAUCCCACAUCACCUCUGCAAGGACUUUAGAAGGAAGGGAAGAGGAAAAGCUCCUCCUUUUCCCCUUCCCUGUCCUGUGGGUCUCAGUGGUGAGAUGACACCCCUAUAGGUCUGCCCCUCCCAGGGCCCAUUCAAAGCCUGGUCUUUGACCCACUCUUCAAGCCCUGCCCACUUCUGUUGCUCCCUCAGAGGCUGCCUGCGCCCUCCCUGAGGACAAAGUAAACUUGGGAGCUGAUGGGGACUGAGGACACCACCUACCAAUGACUAGGCAGUACUGAACUGGUGAAUCCGCACCCUAGCCAGGCAGAGGCAAAAUCUAGGAGGUCCCCUGGAAGUCACUAAAUUGGAAAGGUUCAUUCACCCUUCCCAUCUGUCCUUGUCCCCACUGGGGCCUCAGUGGGCUCCAGAACUGGCAGACAGUGCAGGCUCUGGUCCGCGGGACACAAGGAGGGGUCGGGGUGGAGUCUAUCCCUGCAGACAUGGCAUCUGUCCUUGUAGGGAGGGAGCAUCCAGGUAUGGUGCUGGCCAGCAGCUAGCCCACCUUCUGGAGCACUGGCCGGAGUUACCAGUAGGGCUGGGGGCCUCUGAUGAGAAACAUCCCUCCACCUCCUCCCAUCUGCCUGGAGUGGUAGACAGGCCCCAAUGCAUGCCUAUUCUCAUCAUUCCUGCCCAGGGGCUGUGACCUGAGGGCCACCCCAUCCUUGGGUCUCAGUCCCUUCCUCCUUCCUCUCUACUGUCUGUUCUGGGAGAGGGGCUUCAGCAGGGAACUGAGAUAUGGGGGCACCAGAACCAUCUGGGCCCAGAGGAGGGGCUGGUGGGGAGGGUGGAAAGCUCCCAGGUCCUUGAAGCCACCAGGAGCUAUCCAAGUGCCCACGUGCAUGUGGAGGGGGAGGCACUACUCAGUUUAUUUCAAUAAACGCUUACGAUGUGCCAGAGACCUUUCAGUCUGCCCCAGCUGGGGGCUGGGCUGGGCCCCAAGUGUGUGUGUGGGGCAACAGGCCGAUCACUGGGUGCUGCACUGUCAAGUGUUCUGAAUGGAUGGUGACAGCCGCUGUUGUACCUGUGGCAUGUGUGUGUCGUGUCCUGAGCUG